GCGUUCAGAAAAUCUGGGCUCGCCAGUGCAAGUAAUAAGAGUGAAUACAAAUUACUUCCAUGUUCACUGGGGACGUUUGUUAAAGCCUCUUCUAAAGACCCCAAGUGCCUAGAGUGCCCAGCAGGUAAUUUUUCCUUAAUUUAUGAUAUGCGUGUUACACAUCUUAAUCGUAAAGACAAACAAGUACAUUUAGAGAUCUCAGUCAUGAUUGUUUUUCUUCGAAUGCUAAACAUGUACUUACGUACCGUAAUAUAUUGCAAGGAGUUUCUUUGCUCUCUGAAAUAAUACUCAGAGCACAAAAGUCGACUAGUCAUGUAAGAAAGUUUCGAGAACAAAAUACAUAUACCAUCAACAUUGCAAUUUAUUUCUUCAUGAAACUUAUUGCAACUGUAACACUUGCGGUAGCUUCCGAAUAAAGCCAUUAGACUGUUCUCACUCACGCAAAAACGUAAAGCCUUUGUCAAUUCCUGGCUGAUUGCAAGUGAUUGUGAUAAUGUGUGAGCAAACCCAUCAUAUGACAGGUUUUUUUUAGAAAAAAUAUACCGUGCCUUUUAGAACCCUCUUUUCUUCUUGUAAAAUGAAACAGUUAUACAAUGUGAAAGAAUUUUAUCGGCCAAAAUUUAUAUCAGCAAAAUUGCCAUUUUAUUGACAACAAAGAAAUAUGUAGUACAUUCCUGACUGGAUUUGAUAAAAAAUGGCUAAAGAAAUUCAAGUGCAUUUUAACAAUUUGACAUCUAAGGAAUGGAAAGCAGUUAAAAGUCACUAGCUGAGACUUAACAAUGACACUUUAUUGCUGGCAACAGACGGUAAAUUUCUCUCGCAGAAGUAACAGGAUUUUGCGAAAACAUUUGAAACGUCGGAAAAGUAUAACAUUUUAGUCGGUGAAGCCGUGUGGCCCAUAGCUAAGUCUCUGCCGAAAACACUAGUCAAAAUUUAAGAUCCUCAAUCUUUGAGCACAGAAUAGGCUUUCUAAGACAAAAUAACCUACACUAAACCCUCACGAAGCGUUUUUAAGCUUGGCACAAAGAAUAAGGCUUAAUGAUACCUUCCGGAAAACUUCUAUACUUAAGUAUAGAUACCAAAAAACAUUUUACAAGGAAAUAAGAGAGAUUUACAACAUACGCAGAAAAAGAGAUAACUAGAACAAUAACACGAAUAAACAAAUAACUAGAAUAAAUAAGUAAAUAAAAUUACACCACAUUAGAUUCAAUUUUUAAAUUUCAUUAAUAAAGGGUGUCUAUAUCGACGUAACUAUCCUGUCUUUGAAGCUCGAGUAAUAACGAAUUGUCUAUGUUUUUCCUAAAAGCAUGAUUUAAUUGAGAAUUUUCUCCAAUUCUUAGGGAUACUGUUCCAGAUUUUAACCUCCACGCUAUCAAAAAGUUUUGUGAAUCGGAGUCGAAGUCGAAAGUAUUUCCGAUAAAAAUUACCAGAUGAAGGAGAUCGGGUGUUAUCGGUAGUGAACCUGUCAGUGAUCUGUAAAAGUAAAAUAUAUGAGCCAGUUGAAAUCGGGGUACUGCGCGGGUAGCUUAGGAUGAUUUUUUCAACAGAUUUCUUAUAGGCUACUGACAGUACAUUACUUCUUUUUAGUCGUCCGUUGAUAUAAUAAAGUUUAGGCGUCUACAGACUGUUGGUCGAUACAAAAAUGUACAAACGGAAGGCCGCUUCUAAGGAUUUGAAUCAAUCUCCUCUGUAAAAACUUCCCUGAUCAUCGCGCUGUCCUUUUGAAGUGAUCUAUAUUUUUUCUUAUUUCUUGUUCAUGCAGGAGGUUUCUACUCAGACACGCGAGCUUAUGUAAAUAACAGCUGUCGGCGCUGCAGAAAUGGAACUUUUGUCCACUACUCAAAAGCCCCAGGAAAAAGCCCAUUUGACUGCAAGGCCUGUCCACAAGGUAUGAUAACAUAA